AUGCCCCAAAUGGAUCCAUUAUUUAUGGCGAUGAGUUGUUAUCGUCGUCGAAAAUUUGAACAAUGUGUUGAUAUAACAACAAAUUUAUUAGACAAAAAUCCAAAUGAUCAGGUAGCGUGGUUAUUAAAAAUGCGUGCUUUAACAGAACAACUUUAUGUUGAUGAAACUGAAGUAGCUGAUAUUGGUCUUGUUGAUAUAUUAGAUGAUAAUGCUUUUCAUCAAGCACCCAUGCCUGGAACAUCAAUGCGACAACCAACAGCUGAUGCAAAUAGUGGAAUGAAUGGACCAAGUCCAGCAAUGAGACCUACGACUAUGUCAGGUCGACCUAUAACUGGUAUGUUACGAUUAGGUACUCAAUCAACACAGGGUGGGAAAAGUAUGGAAAAUGCAUUAAAAACUGCUCGUACAGCAGCAACAGCAAGACCAAUAACAGGAGCUACAGGUCGUUUUGUACGACUUGGAACAGCUUCAAUGUUAAGUACUCCAGAUGGUCCAUUUCUUCAAGUAGGUCGAUUAAAUCUACCUAAAUAUGCUCAAAAAGAAGCAAUAGCUCGAUCUCUUUUUGAACAUUUAUUUCAUCAUGCAAAUGAUAUUCGAACAGCUCUUCAAUUAGCUAUUCUUGCUAAUGAAACAUUUCAAAAUAAAGAUUGGUGGUGGUUAGUACAAAUUGGUAAAUCUUAUCAUCGUUUAGAUAUGUUUCGUGAUAGUGAAAAAUAUUACCUUCUAUCAUUAGAAAUUCAACCUAUGGUUGAUACAUAUUUAUAUUUAGCUAAAGUAUAUCUUCGUCUUGAUCAACCAUUAUUAUCAAUAAAAAAAUUACAAGAAGGUUUAGAAAAAUUUCCAUUAGAAUUAUGCUUAGUUCAAGCUAUUGCUCGUGUUUAUGAAGGUCUUAAUAAUAUACCACAAAGUAUUGAACAUUAUCGACAAGUACUAAAAUUAGAUAAUACAAAUAUUGAAGCAAUUGCUUGUAUAGCUGCAAAUCAUUUUUAUAAUGAUCAACCUGAAAUAUCAUUAAAAUUCUAUCGUCGUCUUUUACAAAUGGGUAUAUCAUCAUCAGCAAUAUUUACAAAUAUUGGAUUAUGUUGCUUUCAUGCUCAACAAUAUGAUAUGAUUGUCGCUUGUUUUUUAAAAGCAUUAGCAAGUGCAACAACGGAUGAAGAACGUGCAGAAAUUUGGUAUAAUAUUGGUGAAAUGGCAUUAUAUACAACUGAUAUUAAUCUUGCGAUACAAUGUUUUCGUCUAGCACUUGUACAUAAUAAUGAUCAUGCCGAAGCUUAUAAUAAUUUAGGUUUAGUUGAAUUACAACGAGAAAAUAAUGAAAUAGGUCAAGCUUAUUUACAAACAGCUCAAAGUCUUGCACCGCAUAUGUUUGAACCCUAUUUUAAUUAUGGUAAAUCGAUGUAUCAGCAAGGUGAUUUACAAAAUAGUUUUCGUGCGAUCAAAAGUUCACUUGAUAUUUAUAAAAAUCAUUCCGAUUCAAAACAAAUUUAUGAUGAAUUAAAAAAAAAUGUUUUCCGAACUUUAAUGUCUUCCUUCAUUUUUUUUGUGCUAUAA